CAUUUUUCGUUUUUUUUUUCUUUCCAGGCUUUCUAGAGUAAGAUUACCUAAAAACUGGAAGGCUAAGACAAAUUCAUUUCAAACUCACUGAUGGUAUUUACUGAAAGAUCUGCAGCAUGUCUGCUGCCCCAUCAACGAAAAAAUCCCACAAGGGAUCCUCUCCUUCUGCUGUUACAGCUGAUACAAGGCCUGCAUCUGUGACUUCUAAGCAGGAUCACUCUCCUGACGUGACGUUACCACCUUUACGCCCAAAUCCAUCCUACUGGGAAGCAGGCUCUGUGCCGACACACCUGUUCUGUCGUGCGUCAGGCUUCAGAAAUGAUUCUUUGGACAAAUUUGCGCCAGUACUGGAACUCCCUCAGCUGGUUUCAUGUGUAGAUCAGAAGAAAAGCAUUGCAGAGGCAAAAUGGACUGAAGGACCUCAAAAUAUAACCAAAGCACUAAAGGCUACAAUUCUCAUCAAACCAUCUCAAAUGAGUUCUAAAGAGGAAAAGGAGACGACAGUGUUGCCAACACAUAAGGAAGCAAGGGUAAUGAAAGACCGAAGAGUGACUAAACCAAAUGAAUGCCAAAUGACCGGCAUAGACAUCAUUCACAUGUUUGCCCAGAAAAGAGAUCAAGGAGGAGAUGUGGAGAUUUACCACCUGAAAGAAACAGAUGGAGAUCAUUUCAGACCAUAUGACCUACAAGUGGUUGAUCCCGAAGAUGCUGGUUCCGAGCACUACAUCUUCUCACCUGAAACCGUCCUCCAUGUGACGAAGACUGGUUUCGGUGGACUGGUCAGCCAUGCAGAUUGGUACAGGGAGCAGGAGUUGUGGACAGCUUUGCAGAAGAUCGCUUUUUUCAGGAACUUCAGACUCUACAAAUGCUUUUAUUGCUGGCAUAAGAACACCUGCCAAAUGCGUUUCAAACGCAGAUGCAAGAAUCUGCAGGAAAAGCUUCUUGUAGAUGUCGCUCAGUUUAGAAAUGCUCUUCAUCUUUUAACAAGAGUAAUUGAGGAGCUGAAGGGGAAACGCAGAAUUCCUCUGGAGGAAUCCAAAACCUACAUGUUGCUUGACUUGAAAGAGCUUCUGAAAAACAAGAAUCAAGAGUUUUUGAUGACUAUGGAGAAGUUAUCCCAGUAUCAUGCUGUCAUUCUGAAUAUGGUGACAGAGGACAUCUGCAAAACACAGCAGGAGAUCCACACGCAGAUGUCAAAGAGGCCAAACAAACGCUAUGGACCCAUUCACCUGCUUUUUGCCAGACAGAAGGAGCUAAAGAAGGAGCUGGCUACAGCUGAAAGAAAUCAAACAAAAUUGGGAAAUUUUGCAACACUCAUCCAUAACAUGAUUGAACAGAGUCUUGUCACGAUCGUUCAAGAAGAUACCCAGUCUUUUAUGGACCUUUUGAAGGGCAUGGCAUUUCAACAGAGCUGCCUCUUCCUCACGGAGCUCGCCUUCAGUGCCAGUAGUCAGCUGAUCUUGGAUCCACCAAUCCACGCUUUUCAAGAAACACUCAGCAAUUUCUUCACGACUGCUGACAGAACAAUUAUUCAGAUGUGUGAAAAUUGUGGCUUUUUUACGGAGAUCAGCCGCAGUGAACGCAGCUCUGAUUACAGUUUAAGCUUAAACUGCAUGAAGAAAUCUGGGAUUCCAGGACCAAUGACCGGCUCAUCUGUCGGAGACACUUUAAGCUGUCAGCUGUUGCCGCCUGAAGAGAUUCUUCUAAUGGUGAAAAGCACAAUGGUCAGCGGCUGCUACUAUCCUCUCUCCAAAACACAGCUGGAGUGGCAAUUCAACAUUAAUGACAUUGCAAACCAAGCUGAGGCUCAGCAGAGGGAGCUUAUGCAGAAUGCUGAUUUAGAAAUCCGGGAGGUGUGUAAGAGCUACGCGUGGUUGGAGGACAUUUAUUUGUUUGUGACUGGGUGGAAUCCUUCCUCUCUGGAGUCCUUGAAGGGGCAGCCAGCUUUAGUGUAUGAAGAGUACAUGAACAAGUUGCAAAGCUGGGCUGACAGAAUGCACGAAAUUAAGUCAUCCAUCUCCUCAUCCAACCGACUGUUCCUCCUUGAUUGUACCCAUACAAAGAAUUCUCUUGGACAACAGCUGGUAUUAAUUGAAGAGAGAGUUACUGCACAGCUUACUGAGCAGAUAAGGCUGCAGUCAGAAAGCCUCGUGUCUGAUCUGGAGAGCAUCACUGCUGAACUCGGAACAGAACCACAAGGCAUACGAGACUUCUCCAAAUAUGCCUUUAGGGUGAGGGAAACAGUAAAAAUGUUGGCUGACAUGCAGAAACGUUUGGAGUAUGUCCUCUCCCUGCAUGGCACUGUCAGCACGAUCAGCCGGAAGAUGACCGAACAGAGUUUUGAACAAAAGAUGCUGGACGUGUGGGGUUCCUUUAUGACCUUGCUGAAGCAGGCAGACAGCCAUGUGUGCCGCCACCUUCCCUCAGUGGCUCAUGCUCUGGAGGAAAUGUUUUCAUGUUUCAUCUGUCACCUAAAAAAUCUGAUCUUUAAAGCAACAUCUGGACCUUUCCUUGACUCGAGCCAGAACGCAAUCGAAAUGGCCUCCAAGUUGAAGUACAUGUGUGUCCAUGUGCAGACUGUCAGUGCCCAGCUGGAGGAACUGAACCGGAGCAGUCAGAACCUACGAGAAAACACAAUGGAUUUGAACAUUUUGACCACAGACGUUCUAAAGGUCAUAGCUCGGAAGGAGCUGUGGCAACUCAGAGCGGCGUACACCACAUGGAUGGAAGAGUGGAGAAAGCUGCUGCUCAGUGAGGUUGUAGUUUCAGAAGCUAAAGAGAAAAUUUCCAAGUGGAUGCAGCAAAUUCAAUGUUUGACAAAUAUACCUGCUGAUGACCCAGUCAUGCAGGAGACUGUAGAGGUUCUGGAAAGUUUAACCCUUCAGGUGGGUGUCAUAAUGAAGUUACAUUCCACCAGCCUCAGGGAAAAACACUGGAAAGCUAUUUUGCAAGGGAUGGGCCUACAGUGUGUCCUUGAGAAGAAACUGACUGUGGCUGAAGUCAUGUCUUCUCAACUCAAAACUCAUCAGAAAUUAAUAUAUGAUACAUGCAAGGAUGCAGAAACAGAGUGGAGCAUGGAGCUGGCCCUCCAAAAGCUUUGCCUGGAAUGGAAUGACAGACGCUUCCAGGUGGAGGAAUUCUUUCUCCCUGCUUGGCAACACUCUGUGUCACAGAAUGGACCGACUGCCGACAAAGUCAAUGAUCAUUCUGAAAGUGACAGCACCUCUAAAGGUCCUAGAUUCAUUAUUACCGGUUUGGAAACACUCCCGGCUGAGAUAAAUAGGGGUUUAUCAACCUUGUCAGUCAUGAUAAAGUCCAGAUAUUGCAAUGAGUUCAGGCCACAGUUGAAUGAAUGGAUUUGGGCUUUCCAAGAACUUGGUGAACUAAUUGAUUUAUUUAAAAGACACCAGCAGCUGUGGGCCUUUCUGACCAAGAGUUUCGAUGAAACAUCCAUAAGGGAUCAAAGGGAACAUUUGUUAAAGCGUUUUCAACCAGUUGACAAGACGUAUCGAGAAAUAAUCAACACAGUAUUGACUGACCCUCUAAUGGUGAAAUUGGUUUCCUCCGAAACAACUGACAGCAAGAUUUGUCAGAGUCUAAUGGAUGGUUUGUCAACAAUGGAAGCCAUUUUUUGCCAAAUGGUGGAUAUUCUUCCAACCCUCUGCGACCAGUUUCCAAGACUCUGGUUUUUGAGUGACAGUGAAGUCAUAGAGCUGCUCUCCUAUCAGCAGACACCCUUUACGCUUCAGCCUUUUGUUUGCAAGUUGUUUCAAGGGGUGUGCUGGCUUGCAUUUGACAGCAAGUUAUCAUCUAAUACAAAUGAUGGGAAGAGUUGUGCAGCUUCAACUCAAGGCCAAAAAGAGAUGAACGUUUCAGGAGUUCUUGGUACCUUCCAGGAACAAGUUGUGUUUUGCCCCUCUCUGGAAGUAGAUCCUAACACCUUGGCUUGGCUGUUUUCCUUUGAAAAACAGUUAAAGCUGACAAUAAAAAGGCUCAUGAAGAAAUGUGCUGUGCAGCAAAACCAAAUUCAACCAUUUGUUCUAGAUUCACCGUGUGACAAAGCAGAGACAGAAAUCCAGGCUCAUUAUUCUCACCACAAAGAAAACGCUCUACCUGUUUUAGGUCUGCUGUCUGAAUUUCCUCUUCAGUGUCUCUUGGUAGCUGAGGAGGUGAAUUGGUGCAGGAUUGUUCUUCAGGCUUUCCAGAAGACAAGUCUAGGUGGUUUGAGAAACCUAAAAGCGCACAACCUUGCAAAACUGGAGAACCUUGGCGAAACUAUAAGGAGCACAUUUAAUGGAUCUGAAAUGACACCUCAGGUUUCCAAACACUCAAGCAUGUGUUUGCGUGCUUUAGUGCAUCUCACGAUGAAUCAUGCACAGCAGCUCUCUCGACUCAUGGAGGUACCACAUGACCCUGAAUUGUCUUUUGAGUGGAUAAGCUUGAUGAAGUACCAUUUCAACUCAGAGGAUCAGAAUGCGCUGGACAGUGAUGAUCUCACGUGCUAUGUAGACGUUUUGGAUCAUCGGUUUCAGUAUGGCUUUGAGUAUUUUGGACCAGAGGACUGGGUGAUGGUCCAUACUCCGUCCACAGACCAGGCAAUAUUGGGGAUUUUAAUGGCUCUGAAAAGCUACAGAUCUGGGUUUGUAAGUAGAAAUUCAAUGUCUGGACAAAACCACACCAUAGUCCAGUUGGGAAAAGCCCUGGGGCAACAGAUUGUCGUUAAACAGUGUUAUCCAAGCACAACACCUGGCUUUGUUCAACAGAUGCUGCUGGGUGCUCUUCACACAGGAGCCUGGCUUCUGUUGGACUCUGUGGACUUAUUACCAAAAGGUGUCAUGUCUCUGCUGGGAAAGCUUCUAGCCGACAUACACCAGUUCUUUUCCAGGUUACAAGAAAACAGGAAAUUGAGAUUAAAUGAGGAGCAAGAGCACAUCGAAACUGAAUCACACAUUGUACUUGCAAGAAAGUGCAUCUCUCCUUGUCCGAGAUAUGGAUGUAUUCUUAUCUCAGAAGAAAAUGCUUCCAUGGUUUCUGAGAAUCUGCUCCGUUCUGUCAGACCCAUUGCUUUAAAACAUCCAGAUUACAGGGUUAUUGCAGAAGUAAUGUUGACUUCCAUUGGUUUCCAAGAAGCCAAGUCUUUAAGUCAUCGUCUGGUCUCCCUGCUUCUAUUGGCCAAAGAUUCAAACUGUCUCCCUGAACAUUUCCUUGAUGAAAACAGCUGUUUUCUCGCUGUCGUGCAAAAAGUAGUUUCAGCGUCUGAAGUGCAUUUACGGCAUGGCAAAAGUCAACGGCAAACUCCAAACGAACCUUCUGUUCUGACUCCUGAAAAGUCUGAAUCUACCUCCUCCCGAAAUGGUGAGAAAGAUAAAAAAGAAACGGCAAAGACUACAAAGCUGCACUGUCGUCAGAUGUCGUUAAAACAGGCUUUGAUGGAGGAGACGGCCAUCGUUAAAGCAAUUCUUUGCAUCUUUAUAACAGAGCAGAAGAAGGCUUCACAGUUCAACACGAUUUUCAAAGAAGCUUUUCCAAUAGCAUACCAGUUCCCCCAUUUCCAACAAUACAUGCACGAAGAAGAAAGGAAUCAAAUUCAAAAUGCAAUAUCUGAAGAGCUGCAGCAACAGCACCUUCAUUGUGACGUGGAAACAAUCAGCAACGCUCUCACGCUUUAUCAGACACUAAAGUUUUCUGAAGCUGUCAUGCUUGUGGGUGCUUCUGGAAGUGGAAAGACAACCUGUUACAAAGCACUAUCUGGUGCAUUACAAAGACUUCAAGAAUCUGAAAAUAAAUGUAAAAAUGAAAACACCUCAGCGACUAAUUUUGUUUUUGAGACUCCAAAAUGGUCUUCUGUGGAGACUAGGGUCUUUUUUCCUAAUACCAUGACGUACGAAGAGCUUUUUGGCUGCAUCUCUGAAGCAAAGAGCUGGAAAGAUGGAGUGUUCGUAAAGGUCCUCCAAGAUUUGGAACAUGAUCCUACUUGUUCUGAUGUUCACUUCAAGAAAAGGGAUGGACCUUCAAAGGUGAAGUGGCUGGUAAUGGAUGGGGAGUCAGUUGGGCAGCCUGGCUGGUUAGAUUACAUAACCAGUCUGUGCAGUGUCCAGGAUCGACGUGUGUGUCUGCCAUCAGGAGAAACAUUUCUGGCUCCUUCCAACCUCAUUUUACUUAUGGAGAUGACUGACCUACAGGAUGUGAGUCCUGCUGCAGUGACGCGAUGCAGCCUCAUCUAUUUCAUGGGGACCAAUGUGUGGAAGGCUGUGUGGAAGAGUGAGAUGGAGGCCUUUGCUCUUGAAAACCAAUUGGAUCAAAAAACGCUGAAAAUGUGGAAUUGUCUUGCCAAAAAUCUUUUCUCAAAGACUGUGGCUUUGCUGGAACAAAAUGAUUUGAAAGCUGUCAAUCACUCUGAAAGAGGAUCUUCUAAGAGAAAUGGCCUCCAAGAAAUCACUUCAUUUUUUAGGAUUCUGCAAGCCCUUUACAAAGAUCUUAUGAAGCAGUUACAAAAGCCUAAAACAAGUCUAAAUGCAGACAGAAAAGAUGGAAUCACCGCAGCCGACACUGAUGGACUUGGUAAAAAAGAGCUGCUCACUAGAAACAUUUUCCUAGUGGCUUAUAUUUGGGGAUUUGCUGGACAUCUGCAUCCAAGCCACUGGCCACAGUUUGACUUGUCAGUUCGUCAGUUGCUGUCUACUUGUAGUUAUAAAAUUGUUGUUCCCGAUGAAAUCAGCGUAUUCGAUAACUUCUUUAACUUUGAAUGUGAGAUGUGCCAAAAGAAAACACAACCAACAACUUCCAUCAUUCCAAAGUAUGGCAAAUACAGGCACCUGCUGAACCUCAUGCUCAAGGCAAACCAACCGGUUCUGCUUGUUGGAGAUCCGGGUUCUGGAAAAUCCAAUCUCUGCAAAUCUGUGUUAGGUCUUGAUAAACCUUAUAUCAGCAUACCAGGAAGUCCACUGCUGAGCUCCAGAGAUCUGCGGCUGAUACUAAACAACAUCUGCAGCAGAAAACAAUGUAAAUAUGUUCAGGAAACCACUGCAAAAAAGCCAAGCCUUCUUCUUUUUGUGGAUGAUUUGCACGAAGCCCCUCGUGAUGUAUGUGGGAAAAUGUCAGCGGCUCUGGAGACCAUACGCCAAAGUCUUUCAAAGGGAGAGUUCCUGACUUCCGACACCUUCCUUCAAAAAUCACUGAGCCCCGGAGCUGUCAACUAUUUGGCGACAUGUUGUUUUUGUGCUCCGGCUGACCCCAGCAGCAGCGUUGUGUCCUUGCGACUGUCCCGGCUCUUGUCUAUCUUUGUGCUCCCUACCCUAUCAGAAGAUGCAAUUUUGUCGAUGCAUUCCCCGUGGCUGAAAGGGUGGCUCAAAGAAAUACCCCUAAAGUACAGUCCAGAGGACUUGUCUCAAUGCAUCAUUAUGGCCACAAAACAUCUGUUUGUUACUUUAUGUGACCAGUUCCAGUCCACUGCACAAAGGCCUCAGUUUAUGUUUUCUCAAAGUGAUCUUCAGAAGGUGUUCUUGGGGAUGUGUCUGUGGAAGUGGGACAUCUCAAAAACAACUCCACAAAAACAUGUACUAACAGGCUGUUCUCCAGGAUCAGUUCUUCAUGUAGUUCAUCUCUGGAUGCACGAGUGCAUGCGCACUUUUAGUGACAGACUCUGUUCAGACGAUGACAGAGACCUUUUUCUGUCACUUUUAGUUGGAACAGCAGCAACACAUUAUGGAAGUAUACUAGUUGAUGAUUACCAACCUGGUAAAUUAGAUAACUCACCCGCCCGUGCAUCAACCGUGGAUCCAGCACUCACCUGUCCAAAUGUCAAACUAGCUGAGCGGACAGGAUCUUCCUCUCCAUCUGAAAGCAUUUUUCCAACUGAUAUUAAAAGUCCCCCUGCUUUAACUGAGAUUAUUCAGCAUUUCAAAGUCACUGUGCCCCAGCUUACGUAUUGCCCUCGGCCUUUUGAUGCGGUGAAAUUUACAAAUCUGCAGUGCAGUUAUGAAGAGACGUGUUCUUACUAUGAGCAAGACGUUAAUGAUGUCCUGGAAGAGCUGAAUAUGCUCACGGACAGACGAGGUGCCAAUGUCUUCAAUGACACAAGCAGGUACAUUGUUCUCAGACAGGGAGUGAGUCAGCUGCUCCACAUUCUGAGGGCUUUGCUCAUACCGUGGGGUCACGGUGUGCUGAUGAGCUCUGUCAGAGGAACGGGCCGUAAAACCACGGUGCGUUUAGCAGCUUAUCUUACUGGCUGCCAGUUGAUGGAGGUACAUUCUGGGAAUGAAAAGGAACUGGACGAAAUCCUGAAAAAAGCCCGGGAUAAAAUAAGAACAGACAUGGUGAAAGUCAUUAUACUAGUCCAUGAGGAAGUGAGCUCAAGUGUCAGAGAAAAACUACUGAUGGCAAUGGCUCAGAGAACUUACCCGGUGCAUCACACAGAAGAUGAACUGAAGAGCCUUGUUUCCAGAGUGACACAGUCAAGAAGAGACUGCAUGGACAGCUGGAUCAGUGAUAGAUGCAUGGGCCAAAUCUACAGAAAUAUUCACACCUUUCUGUUGAUGCCGUUUGUCCAGCCGAACUGCUGUAAAAAACCUGCCAAUUAUGAAACUCAAAGAGCACAAUUAACCAAGGCUCUGAAGCUCAGCUGCUGUGUCGAGGUGUUCCAAAUGUUGUCCAAUCAUUCCCUGAUAGAGAUCGCCAUUCAGUGCCUAAAAGGUCAUCCUUUUAAAAUUGCAGUAGGAGACUCUGCGGAGAGCCUGUCUUUGGCCAUGGCUGGAAUCCAUCAGUCUGCUUGUCAGUAUGCUUCUGUCCUUCUUGGAGUUCAAGCUUUUAGCACUCAAACUUUUGUGGAGUUUAUUACCCGCUUUGACUGCCUUUACAACAAAUUACUGAAGCAAUGGAAGAGCAAAAACAACAGACUCUUCAGCUCUGUGGUUCAUCUGAAUGUUCUGAACAACAUCAUCGUACAGGCCAGAGAGAACGUAGUAAAAUUGCAGGAGGAAGUUGCUACAAAACAGCAGCAUCAAAAAGAGCUCCUCGGAGCGCUGGAAGAUCAGAAGAAUCUGCUUGAACUAGCUGUGCAGAAAUGUGAAACAGAAGAGAACCAACUAGAACGGCUAAAGGAGCAGCUUAACCAAGCUGUGCAGCAGGCAAAAUCUCUGUUCCUGUUACGUCUCAGAAUUCUUGAAAGUUUAGAUCCACAUGACCUGGAGGAGGUGCACCACUACAGAGAUCCACCUGAAGGGGUGGUGCGAGUCAUCAAUUCCAUUUGUCUUCUGUUUAACCUUCCGCCCGGCUGGGAAAGCGCUAAACAUCUUCUCGGACAACCCAACUUUAUGGAGGAGCUGGAGUUUUUUGACUGCUGCACUGUGACAACUGAACAGCUCCAGCAGCUUGAGGAGAUAAUUCAAAGCCCCCAUUUUGAGCCAGAGUCUGUUAGGGAGGUCAGCAAGGCCUGCGAGUCCCUGUGUCGAUGGGUUCUGCUUGUUUAUGAGUACUGCUGCAAACGUCACCAGCUGUUGCUUCAGCAACAGAUGGAGGUGCUUGUUAGAGAGGCUGAAAGUCAGGUGUGCUUGGCCAAGCAACAAAAGAAGGAGGACUACCAAUGUUUGGAGGACCUUCAGCUGAAGAUUCAAGCUGUCCAAUGUGAGCUGGACCGUCAUCUAGCUGAUCUGCACAAAGCUGAGAGUCAUGAAAAAGACAUUUCCAUCUAUGACGGAAAGUUUGAAAAGCAGUUCAGAGAAUGGAGUUCUGAUUGUGAGAAAGCAGAUUUACGUCAGAAAAACCUUCCUGGUGACGCCCUCAUUCUUGCUGCGGUCAUCUCAUAUUCAGGCCCAUUUGGACCCGAUAUUCGCACAGAGCUGCUUAACAAAUGGAGGGAUUUGUGUCUGACUGGAGACAUCAACAUAAACCCCAAAGAUGUCCGAGCCGCCUUAUUUACACGUGAAGAUGCUGAUCUCAUUUCUCCCCCUCCUGGUUUUCCCAUCUGUGUGACUGAGAGACUGCAGCUGCCCAUUGGUGAAGCUGUGGGGUUGAAUGAGUGGCAGCUUGAAAACACUCUGUCUGCCAGACUGCUGGUGAAGCUUUUGCUGUGGGGACACAAAGAAAGCUGUGGUCAGCGCUGCCCUCUAUUGGCAGAUACUCAUCAACAUUUGCAGAUGAUCUCUCAUGGUCGGCUCUCUUCAGACGAAAAUAUAACCCUGGAAAAGGAGGCGGGCCUUGAUUUAGUUGUUUGUGCAGAUGACCCAGAGCUGCUAGAAAAGCUAGACUGUGCAGCUGAAAAAGGAUUGAAGGUCCUGGUUACUCAUGCAGAAAGAGCAAAUCCCAGUCCUGAGUUUCUGAAAAAACUAAUGCGUCCUGCUGGAUGUUGGUUUCAAGGAUCACAGCAGCUUGCUCAGCCACAGCCCUCAAAGUUUCACAUAAUUCUCAGCACUCAUCUGCCCACAACGCUGCUGAGGAGUGGGAUCCAUGCAUCCAUCUUGGCUGAAGUACAUGUGGUCGACCUCUCUCUCAGUUCCAAGGAGAUCCAGGAGUUAAUGCUGACGCGGCUGCUGCCGCCAGAAGAUGGAGAGCUGCUGAUUCAACACUUGCGACUCAAGAAUUACAAUCAGCUGCUGCGUGGAAAAAUGGCUGCAGAAAAGGAUGCUGUGAUGGAUCACAUCCUGCAGUCGGGUCCACUGCUGCAGAAAGACUCAGACCUCCUUCCUCGCAUGGCGGCUUUUGAAGAAGAAAUGAGGAAAAUUCAGCUAGAGAUCGAGCGUGUCAGUGAAGAGCUGGAGGGUCACGAGUGUCUGCUGGCUGCUCCUCGUCGUUUGAUGGAACUGCCCGUUGGCCUUUAUCAGGCCCUGCAGGCCGUGUCCUGCCUUUCUCCCACCUAUUACUUUUCCCUGCAGGGCUUCAUCAAAGUGAUGCAGGAGGCCCUCUGUGAAAUAGACAAACCUUCCCUUUUGUGUAUAUCUGGAAAAGCAGCAAACAGUGCAAUACCUGAGAUUCUGAACACAAUGGUACUCCAGCUACUUGUACAUUACAGACCUUGCCUUUUCCAGAGCCACGCUGCUGUCUUUAAGCUGCUUGCACUUUUGGCUCUGCUGAAUCACAACAACUUUUGCUCUGAGGCAGAGAGAUUGGCCUUCAUCAGAGGUUUGGAAGACUUGGAACAGCCUGUAACUGAGAAUAGGCUAUCAGAUGUUUCUGCCAUCACACUGCCCAGCUGGAUACCCCCUCAUAUCUAUUCACAGCUUCUCCUCCUGGAACAGAUCCCCUCUUUUAGUGGGUUGAUUGCCUCUCUCUGCACCUCACCCAUGCAGUGGAAGGAGUACCUGAGUUUGCCCUCCUCUACUGUAGUAGGGACUGUUCCUUGUCGCUCCCACUCCCAUCUUUCCUUGCUUCAGCGGGUCCUACUCUGGAAAACCAUCGUCCCAAACUGCUUGGAGGGACUAGCAGGUACUUUAGAGGAAUGUCUGCUCUGCCUCCCUGAUAGGGCAGAACUGACUGAGCCACCCCACGCUGGAAACCCAGAAGUUCUUGCAAGAUAUUUGGUCAACCAUGAGGGACCAGUCAUUCUUUCACUUCCCAAUCCUAAAGGACAAACGACCAUUCAGCCUCUUUCUUUGAUAAGUCAGCUGUCCCGGGUGGUUGUAGGAAAAAAUAAGGUUCAGUUAACAGUUAUCUAUUGUGGGACAAUCCCUGAAGAAGACGCUGUUCUAUCGCUGCUGGACACGGCCGUAAAUGAAGGCCAUUGGAUUAUCUUCUACAGCUGUCAUCUUGUGGAUCGCUGGGAUGAUAAAUUGGUCGCGGCCUUGAGCCAGCUGAUGUCCUCUUCAGAAGAAAGAAAAUGUCUGACUCAUCCCUGCUUUAAGUUAUGGUUUGUAACUCAUGAGACAGCUUCAUGCUCUAUUCCAGCUGUGGUGCGAAUGCGGGCCUUGCUACUGGCAUGUGACUCUCCUUGGGAUCUGAAGGAAGAGCUGAGCUGUUCUAUGCAUCACUUAUUGUCAUUCUGUCAGACACAGUCCAGCUCAGAUGUCAGUGCAGAAAACAUGGAGCUGUUUAUCCGCUGUGCCAUCUUCCACUCUGUCUUGCUUCAAAGACAAAGCUGUAAAUACUUGGGUUUUGGAAGAACAUGUCCCUGGAAUCAGGAGGAUCUUCUUGCUUUAGUGGAUGCAACCAUUUCCAUUGCCUGUCUCUGCCAUGACAAGAUCAAAGUCUUGCAGCAUUUAGCAAUCAGUUUGGUGCAUGGUGGCCAUGUGGUGGAAUCUGCAGAUCUGGACGCCGUGGAGUGCGUUGCCAGAUCUUGCUUUGGUGCAGAGUCACUGUCAGGAAAUGGUCCACAUAUCCUUUGGGAUAUUAUCAGCACUCAUGGGCACUUUGAUUUGUCCGGAGUGCUGAAGAUCAUGGAUCAAUAUUUUGGAAGUUUCACAAACGGCGACCCAGACAUGCUGGGUUUCAGUGCUGAUGCGGCCUCAGAGAUAACAAAGAUGAAUAGCUGUAAUCUGAACACACUGCUGCAGGCCUCCCAGAAUCCUCCAGGGUUGCUUAGAAGUUGCAUCACCAGGAAUCGGCAUGCUAAAAUGCCUGACUACAGGCUUACAAGAGACCGACUGCAAGCUCUGAGGAAUUACCUGACACAAAAGAAAGAACUAAACAUGGACGGUGUUUCUUGCAGUCCUAUUAGGGAUUUUCUGCAGACGGAAUGGAACAGCCUCUUUGACUGGGUGUCAGCCCUCAUCUCACAGCUCCAGGGGCCUGUUCUACAAAAGAUGUCCUCUUAUUGUCUCCUCCAGCUGACAGAUUUGGCUUGCUUGGAAAAGAAGGCAGCGUUGCUCAGCUCUUAUCUCUGGCAGGAAAGUACCACAGAUCCACCUGGUGCUUACCGACUAUCUGCCUUUAAAAAUCCCCGCGGCUUCUUAGUAGCACUGAUGAGGGAGGCUGCUCCAGUAAAUCACAAAUGUAUCAGUGAAAUGGCCCUGCAUUUUAAGGUUUUUUCUCAUGGAGGGAUUCCGCCCACGCUUCCUCCAGACACUGUGUAUUUGUGUGGCCUUGAGAUCAGAGGAGCAUCAUGGGAUACGCAGCAAGAAGCGCUGCGGGACACUCUCUCCCAUCAGCCAUCUUUGAUGCCACUCAUUGGUGUGCAGGCUCGAGUCAGAAUCUCCGACCCAGCUCCAGAUCACCUGUCCUGUAGCGCUUCAUAUUUGUUGGAUCCAGGCAAUGUUAGAGCUGCAGGUCCGCCAGCACAGCUGCCUGUCUACCUCUGCCCUCUCCAUCCACAGCAGAAGAGGCAGAGUGGAAACAGGGGGCUGAAUGAUGCUGAGAUGAUCACAAAAGUUCCCCUUCACACCGAGUUCAAUCCUGUUUUGUGUAGUUUGAGAACAGUGAGGCUAGUAAGUACUCUGUGAGCUUCAGUGAUGGAUCUGAUCGCUUUUCAGAUGUAGUGAUGAAACCCAGAUUCAUGAAUUCAUGUCAAAUAAAUUUUGUAUUGAAAGCA